CAGCAGCCGCCUGAUGGGGAAUUCUCCGGCGCCCUCGUUCAUGGGCAGCUUCCUCACCAGCAGCCUGGGCUCGGCGGCCCCCGCGCACCCCAGCGGCCCCACCCCCGCCCCCUCGGAGCAGGCCUACCGCGGCCCCCACCCUGCCACCUCCCAGAUCUGGUUCUCUCACUCCCAUGAAGCUCCAGGGUACCCCAGAUUUUCGGGGAGUCUGGCAUCCACCUUCCUACCCAUGAGCCACUUGGAUCACCAUGGAAACAGCAAUGUUCUCUAUGGGCAACAUCGUUUCUAUGGAACCCAAAAAGAUAACUUCUACCUGCGCAACCUGCCCCCCCAGCCCACCCUCCUGCCUGCCAACCACAACUUCCCCGGCGUGGCCCGAGCCGCCCCCGGCCACCCCAUCAGCUCCUGUAGCCGCGACCGAGGCGAGGCCGGCCCCCUGCAGAAGGGUGCCAAGGAGUUCGACCGCUUCCUCAUGGGCAGAGAGCUGGGCAGAGAGAAGGCCGGCAAGGCUGCGGAGGGCAAGGAGAGGCCGGCAGCGGGGGAGGAGGACGGCGGCAAGGAGCGGCACAAGCUCGUGCUGCCCAUGCCGGCAGACGGCCACUGCAAGGACGGCGGCGGGGCGCCCCGGGGCGCCUGCGAGGGCCGCCCCAAGCACCUCGCCUCCUGCCUCCUCAACACCAAGGUGCUCAACGGCGAGACGGGCAAGGCCUCGCUGGCCAGCUGCGCGGGGGGCAUGCUGGUGAGGCCCGGCGUGGGCGUCGCGGCCUCCGGACGCUGCACCAAGGAGGCGGCGGGCCCCGCAGAGCCCGGGCCGGCCUUCAGCGAGGGCCUGGAGAGGCGGCAGACGCGGUGCCAGGCCGCGUCCUACGCGGUGCCGUCUGGCCUGCCCGCCGGGCCGCCCCCGCCCCUCAGCACGGCCACCGGCUCCUUCCCCUGCUUGCAGCUGCACGCGGGCCCGGACGGGCUCUGCCCGCUGCAGGACAAAGUCCCCCGAGACCUGAAGGCCAGCGGGCCCACCUUCGUGCCUUCCGUGGGACACCUGGCCGACAAGAGCCGCCCCUUUCAGGCAGCCGAGGCCUGUGCGGUGGCAGGUGACGGCAAAGACCGGCACCUCGAGGGGGCCUUGGCCCCUGAACACGCUGUGCCCUAUGGGGUCUCCUACGCUCACCUGAAGGCCGAGGGCAAGGCCGAGCGGCGGCCUGGGGGCUUCGAGGCGGCUCUCAACCCCCGGCUAAAGGGCCUGGAGUAUCUCAACAGCACAGGCCCCGAGACCCCCUUCCCCGGGCUCCCCAAAGGUGGUCUGGACAAAAGUGGCUACUUCGAGCUGCCUGCCCACUCACAGGACUGUGCCCGGCCGAGUCACCAGGACCCGCUGGGUGGGAAGGUCGCCCAGGCCUGCUGCACUUUAGAUAAGACCGCCAGCAAGGAGGCCCCCUCCGGUCCCCCUGGGGCCCAGAAGGUGGCCCGGAUCCGGCAUCAGCAGCACUUGGUGACCCCCGAGGUGGAGCCAGGGGGCAGUGGGGCCGAAGCCAAGCGCGCGUCCCUGGAACUGGCGUCUCUGGGCUAUGGUGGGCCCCACCUACCCCCAUGGAGCAUCCAGUCGGGCCAGGGCACUGUCAUGGCCAUUGGCGAGGAGCAUAAGGCUGGCACCUACCUGGACCCCUUUAGCGGCAGCCUGCAGCAGGCCGCACUCCUGCCCCAGGAUCUGCCCGCCCCACCCGAUGAGGUCUCGGCCAUGAAGAACCUGCUCAAAUACAGCAACCAAGCGCUGGUCGUCGGCCAGAAGGCACCCUUCGUGGGCCUGGGUGGCCUCAAGGCCAGCUGUGCCCAGCAGGAUGUGAAGUUCCCCGCCUCCAAAGGCCCAGCCCAGGCCCCGGGCGAAGCAGAGAGGCCCGACUGUGCCCGAAGCCGGGAACACGACACCCCACACAGUGACGCGGAAGUGAGGCAGCCUCCCGUGGGCAUCGCGGUGGCCUUGUCCCGGCAGAAGGACACGGUGAGCCGGCCCGAGACGGCCUACGGCACCAACACCGGGCGGCAGGGCCGGGCAGCCCCUGCGUUCAAAGCAGGAGCUGGGCCCCGCUCCACCCACGUGCUGGACCUGGAGGCUGAGGAAGAAAGGGCACGCCUGUCCGAGGACCGCCUGGGGCUCGCCGGCCGGGAGCUCCUGCUUCAGGACAAGGACCGCCUGGAGUUCUCCCGGAUCCACCCGCCCGGCGGCUGCCCCGGAGACCUGGCCCCUCAUCUCAUGAUCGCCAGCGGCUCCUCGCUGCAGAACAGCCAGCUGGGCGGGGACCCAGCCCCCCACCCCCACCCCGCCCACCCCCCGUGGCUGCCCCGCACCCGCAGCCCCUCUUUGUGGAUGGGGGGGCAUUCCUACGGCCUCGGGCACCCCGCCCUGCACCAGAACUUGCCCCCCGGCUUCGCCGCCUCUGUGCCCGGCUCCAUACCCUCCGUCUUCCCCCUCUCCCAGGACAGCCCUGCACAGCUCGUCAUUCUGCCCUCGGAGCCCACGCCCCACACAGCCCCCCACGCGCUUGCUGACGUCAUGGACCAGGCCUCACUGUGGCCCCCCAUGUAUGGGGGCCGGGGCCCCGCCUCCCACGUGCAGCACCCCGGCCAGCUCCCCGUGUACUCGCGGUCCCAGCUCCUGCGCCAGCAAGAGCUCUAUGCCCUACAGCAGCAGCAGCAGCAGCAGCAGCAGCAGCAGAGGGCUGCGCCCGUCCAGGUACCUGCCCCAGGCCACACCCAGCGGGGACCCAGGGCUCCUUCCUCCCUCUCUGCUCCAGGCCUCCCCACCCCCCAACGCCCUGAGCAGGGGGUCGAGCCGGCUGAGCCUCUCCCUCCCCCCCAACAGCGGAAGCCCGAGGACCACCACCUGGAGCAGGAAGAGCCCACCCAGGAGAAGACCCUGAAGUCCACCCACAAGCCAGUUGCCUUAACCCCCACAGCCAAGGGCACCCCCUCACCUGCCACCAUAGGCCCUGCCAAGCUGUCCCCUUGCUGCCACUCGCCUACCCCGAAGCCCCCUGCCAGCUGCCCCACACCGCCACCGCCACCGCGUCCCGGAGCCUCGUGCACUUUAUCCGUCCGCCCCUCGGGCAGCCCCGGGCCCGGCUCCAAGCUGCCCAGCUCCGAGGACAAGAGUGGGGAGGGCCGGCGGUCCGGAGCCGACCUGAGCGCGUUGGAACCAGACCUGCCUCCCGGAUACACGUGCCCUGUGGCCAGCUCGGGCUUCUCCCUGUCCCCCAGCGUGCACUCUCCUGACCUCUCGGACCCCAAAACUAUGCAAACUGCAGCUCCCAGGGUCCAGCCUGAGCCAGCGAGGACGUUACUACCCGGGGAGCUGCCCCCCCGAAGCCCCCAGAGCCCACAGGAGCCGGGGUUGCCCUUGGGGGCCAGGGAGGCCACCCAGGACCUUGCCGCCACCCCCCACCCUGCCGAGCGGGGACCCUUGGGGAAGGCAGCAGACCUCAGCCCACUGGAGGGGCUUCGAGAACUGCGAUGUGGGGCCCUCCUCGAGGGAGGGGGCCCCGAGGCCAUCGGCCAGGCUCAUUCUACUCAGGGAGGGGCUGCAGAGGAGGGGGCCGCGGUGGAGAGAGGCACGGAGGUGGGGCCAGGGCCUUCAUCGGGGGCCAGCGCCCCGGCCCCGCAGCAGCCGAAGAGUCCAGGUGCCCUCAGUGAGGCCGGGCCGGGCAAUUGGCAGGCCCCCAGGGAAGCAAAGCCGGAAGAGGGGGCUGAGUAUCAGGAGGUCGAGCUGCAGGAGGAGGAGGGCCGGGGGCCAGCUUCCAAGAACAGCCACCUGCCCAGGGCACUCCCGGGCCUGGACGCCCUGGUGGCCGCCACCAUCGACCUGGGGGACCUGCCAGGUGUCAGCCCGCCGGACCCACAGCUUGCCGCUGCCCCGGGGCCCCCACGCACAGCCCCCUCGCCCUGUAGCUCAGGGAUUCAUGGAAUUGCCCUGCUCAGCGAGCUGGCCGACCUGGAGAUCCAGCAGCAAAGGAGGGAGCCCACCUUGCGAGAGGAAAAGGACGUGCUGGCAUUCGACCUGCAGCGCCUGGCCACGCUGGCCUCAGCCUGGUCCCUGGCGGAGGCCGCUAGCCUGGACAGCCCCUCCUCCUCUGCCCAGCCCCCCGCCGCCGACCCCUGCAGGGCUCCCACACUCACCCCCCGCAUGCAGAUUCUGCAACGGAAGGACACCUGGACCCCCAAGACCAAGCCUGUCUGCCCCCUGAAGGCCGCCAUCGACCGGCUGGACACGCAGGAGGUGGAGAUGCGCGUCCAGCUGGCAGAGCUGCAGCGGCGCUACAAGGAGAAGCAGCGGGAGCUGGCUCGCCUCCAGCGCAGACACGACCACGAGAGAGAGGAGAGCUCGCGCAGCCCCGCGAGGCGCGGGCCCGGCCGGCCGAGGAAGCGCAAGUACCCCAGCUUGCUGCCCGCCCUGCGUCCUGGGGGCCAGCUCCCCAGGGGCGACGGCAAGAAAGUCAAGGCGGUGCGGUCCAGCCUGAGCCUGCUGUGUGCUGAGCUGCGGGGUGGCGAGGAGCCUGCGAGGAAGCAAAGCCGACUGGAGAGCAGCGUCUACGUGGGCCUGCAGCCGGCCUCUGCGGAAAAGGUCCGGUGCAAGAGAAGCAGCGGUCAGGGCGAGCUGGCGUCUGCCGUGGCCCACAAGGUGGCCCAGCUGAAGCCGAAAGUGAAGGGCAAGGGGCUGCCUGCCGGCCUCAGCCCCUUCAGGCGGAAGGAGGCCGCCCCAGGGGGACGCAUCCGGAAGAAGCUGUCCAGAGCCAAGAGCACCAAGGUGCCGGGGGCCGCCCGGCACACGCAGCCGGAUGGCGGUGGCGGCAGCAGGGAGACGCCCAAGUUCCCAGCCCGGUCGGCGGUGGCCCCGGCACACGAGGCAGGCGCCGGCUAUGACAGCGAGAACGGCAUAGAUUUCUUGGGGACAGAGGCACCCCCCAAGGAGCCCGGGCUGGCGCUGCACGGGGGGGCCAGUGUGGCCGUGCUGGGGCCCUCACCCUCUUCCGUGGUCAAGAUGGAGGCCAACCAGAAGGCCAAGAAGAAGAAGGAGAGGCAGGGCUUACUAGGGGCCUGCCGCCUGUCCAGCCCAGAGAGCGAGGUCAAGGUCAAGAGGCGCACGGUGAAGGCCAAGGUGGGCACCAAGCUGGAGCGGGCCCCAGGACGCAGGCCCCCAGGCGCACCAGGCAAAAAGAAAGCCAAGGGCAAGGCCAAAGGUGGCCUGCGGGCGGAGCCGGGGACCACCCCCAGCAGGGACACCCUCUUCAGCCCCGCCCGCGCCUUCACCUGCCGUGAGGAGGGCAGCAAGCUGGCCAGCGAGCGCCUCAAGAGGGCCACACGCAAGAGCACAGUCCUCCAGCCGGGACUGCGGCGGAAGAACGGGGCCCUGUCCAUCGCCCUGUCGCCACGCAACGCCAAGGCCAUCCUGGGGAAGGGCAGGAAGGUGGGCAAGGUGAGAAGCAAGGCUGUCGGCAAGCAGGGCAAGGGCCGGGCAGUGAGUCGGCUGCUGGAGAGCUUUGCUGUGGAAGACGACUUUGCAUUUGACGACAACGGCAGCUUUGAGGAGGAGGAGGAGGAAGAGGAGGAGGACGAAGGGGAGGAAGAGCCGGCUGGGGCCAGCGGUCCUCUGAGCGCGGAGCAGAGCGCCGCCCUGGCUGGCUCGUGCACCAUCCACAAGGAGGAUCUGCAGGACGGGCUGCCCGUGCUCAUUCCCAAGGAGGACAGUCUGCUGUACGCGGGCAGCGUCAGGACCCUGCAGCCCCCCGACAUCUACAGCAUCGUCAUCGAGGGCGAGAGAGGCAACAGGCAGAGGAUCUACUCGCUGGAGCAGCUGCUGCAGGAGGCGGUGCUGGAUGUCCGGCCACAGUCCAGCCGCUACCUCCCACCGGGCACGAGGGUCUGUGCCUACUGGAGCCAGAAGUCGCGUUGCCUGUAUCCAGGCAACGUGGUCCGAGGUGCCUGCAGUGACGAGGAAGGGGACCUGGACUCCGUGGUCGUGGAGUUUGAUGACGGGGACACCGGCCACAUCGCCGUCUCCAACAUCAGGCUGCUGCCUCCGGACUUCAAAAUCCAGUGCACCGAGCCCUCGCCGGCCCUGCUGGUGUCCGGCAGCUGCCGGAGGACCAAGAAGGCCUCCUUCGAGGCCCCUCCCCCCGGCGAGACCCCCGCCCCCAGCCUGUCUCCCAAGGCGCACGAAGGCCCCGAAGCCUCCAAGCCCCCGGGGAAGAAAUCCGUCGGCAAAGACAAAGCUGGCAAAGCGGAGCUCCUGACCUCAGGCGCCAAGCCCCCGCCCGCCGCCCCCGCCGCCGGGGCCUCGGACCACUUCCUGGGCCGCCGGGGCAGCCCGCUGCUGAGCUGGUCGGCGGUGGCGCAGACAAAGCGGAAGGCGGCGGCCGCGGCGGCCGCGGCGGGCGGCAAGGGGCCCGGCGUGCUGCAGAAUCUCUUCCAGCUCAACGGCAGCGCGAAGAAGCUGCGGGCCCGGGAGGCGCUGUUCCCCGUGCACAGCGUGGCCGCGCCCGUGUUCGGCAACGGUUUCCGGGCCGACUCCUUCAGCAGCCUGGCCAGCUCGUACGCGCCCUUCGUCGGCGGGGCCGGGCCGGGCCUGCCCGGGGGCGCCCACAAGCUGCUGCGGGCCAAGAAGGCCGAGCGGGCCGAGGCCGAGAAGGGCGCGCGGCGGCGGGCGGGCGGCGAGUUCCUGGUCAAGCUGGACCACGAGGGCGUGACCUCCCCCAAGAACAAGAACUGCAAGGCGCUGCUCAUGGGUGACAAGGACCUCGGGCCCAAGCUGGGGCGGCCCCUGCCCAGCCCCAGCUACGCGCACCCGGCCCUCGUGGGCAAGGACAGGAAGGGGCGGGCGCCCGCGCACCCGCUGCCCAUGGGGCUGGCGCUGCGCAAGUUCGCGGGCCAGGCCGAGUUCCCGCUGCCCUGCGACAGCGACUGUCACAGCUCCUACUCGGACGACGAGGAGGACGGGCCCGGGCUGGCCCCCGGCGUGCCCUCCCGCUUCCUCGCCCGCCUGUCCGUGUCGUCCUCCUCCUCGGGCUCCACCACCUCCUCCUCCUCGGGCUCCCUGUCCACCUCCAGCCUCUGCUCCUCGGACGACGAGGGCUCGUCCUACAGCUCGGACGACGAGGACCCGGCGCUGCUCCUGCAGACCUGCCUCACCCACCCCGUGCCCGCCCUCCUGGCCCAGCCCGAGGCCUUGCGCUCCAAGGGGGGCGGGCCCCACGCGCACGCGCACGCGCAGCGCUGCUUCCUGUCCAGGGCCGCGGUGGCCGGCGGGGGCGCGGGCACCGGCCCGAGCGGCGGCAAGUCCAAGCUCAAGCGCAAGGAGGCCCUGAGCUUCUCCAAAGCCAAAGAGCUUUCCCGGAGGCAGCGGCUGCCCUCCGUGGAAAACCGGCCAAAGAUCUCAGCCUUCCUGCCUGCCCGGCAGCUCUGGAAGUGGUCGGGGAACCCCACGCAGAGGCGGGGCAUGAAGGGGAAAGCCAGGAAGCUGUUCUACAAGGCCAUCGUCCGGGGCAAGGAGACGCUGCGCAUCGGGGACUGUGCCGUCUUCCUGUCGGCCGGGCGGCCCAACCUGCCCUACAUCGGCCGCAUUGAGAGCAUGUGGGAGUCCUGGGGCAGUAACAUGGUGGUGAAGGUCAAGUGGUUCUACCACCCGGAGGAGACGAAGCUGGGGAAGCGGCAGAGUGACGGGAAGAACGCGCUGUACCAGUCCUGCCACGAGGACGAGAACGACGUGCAGACCAUCUCCCACAAGUGCCAGGUCGUGGGGCGGGAGCAGUACGAGCAAAUGACGCGGAGCCGGAAGUGCCAGGACCAGGACCGGCGGGACCUCUACUACCUGGCGGGCACCUAUGACCCCACCACGGGCCGGCUGGUGGCAGCCGACGGGGCGCCCAUCCUGUGUUGAGCCCGGCUGCGUGGGCAGAGCCGGGGAGCCCCCCCCCCCAACGCCGCAGCCAGGAACAAAUAUGCAACCCCCCCGACCCCGCGGCGGGCGCCGGCUUCGCAUCACUGUCCCUGGCGAGCGGGCGCUCCCGCGUGCGGCCCGUCCCGUCCGGAGAGUCGUCCAGCCUGGGCCGGCCCAGCCGGCGCCCCGGAUCCCCAUCGGCCGUUCCCGAGAGAUUAGAAUCCAAGCCAUAUUUUCCCUAGUACCUCCGACUGUCUCCCACCAGGGAAAGCA